GAGAUUUCGGCAAAAAGGGCGAGCGUGACUGGAGAAUAUCAGGGAAAAUUUUUCGGAGAAAGAUGGUGCCAUCACUGGUUGAUCUCUGUGUCAAGAAAUGGAUCGAUAAUGUAUGGAGUCUGGCAAAUGUUGGUGAAAUCGACGAGUAUCUUCUCGACUUGAUGUUGCCUCUCUGCUCUGUGGACCAGUUAAAGUAUGUGGAAGGGGCUACUAAAGUUUCGCAGGGAAUAGAUUUGAGUUCGGUAACGGAUAAAUUGUGGAGGACAUUUUAUGAGGCGCGCUUUGGUAACACCGAUGGAGUGAUUGAGAAAAUGAGAGACAACAAUAUUCCGUUCAAAUGGAAGCAAGCGUAUGAGUAUAAAGAGGAGGAGAUUAAAGCUCGGGAGCUAACGAUGCGACUGCUUCUCGAGAAGGACGAAUAUGAUUAUUGUGGAGCUGGCUACAUUAGAAUGAAUUCACUGGCCAGGGAAGAGAUAGACUCUCUAAACAGUGAAGAAGAAGAUGAUGAUGAUGAUUAUGAUGAUGAGGUGGUGGUGGAUGAAGAAUCUGAUGUUGAAGGAGAGGUUUCUGUUGAAGAGGUAGAGGAGGAUGAAGAAACUGAAACUGAUAUUGAAGAAGUUGUAGAGAAAGAGGGAGAAGUUUCUGCUGAAGAGGUAGAGGAAGUGGAAGAAGAAGAACAAACUCAGAUAGACCUAAAGCUUUCAUGUUAG